AUGAGGAAUUUCGAUGAAGAAAAUGAGAUUGAUUUAAUUGAGGAAGACAUACCUAUUGUUAAUGAACCAAUAUUUUAAUGGAUAUCAUUCGGAGAUGAACAAUACCAUUACAAUUUUUUGGAUGAUAUUUCAAUGUUAAGACAUGAUAGUAUUUACUUUGAAGAAGAAGACAACUCAAGAUUAUUUCGUGUUCCAAGAAUUUAAUUGGGAUUAUCAUCCUCUAGAGAAAAACCUCAAAAUAUUUAGAAAUACCUUCAAAAGCGUACCAUCCCAAUAUAAAACUAAUAAUUUGAUCUGAGACUCCCUCAUAUCAAAGUAACCUAACUCAGAAAUAUGAACAUCUGCCAUGAAUAUUUUAUUAACGAGUUCGGACUUUAAGAUUCACAAAAAAAUACUAAUUCUGUAGACAUUUUAAUUGGUAGGUUAUUUCGGUAAAAUAAGGACAUCAUCCCAAUUGACAUAGUUUUACCAGAAGAUAGAGUUAUAUCUCGAAUUCAUUGUAAAAUUGUUUGUAAUGAUUAUUUCAGAAAGGAUUAAAAAUUGGAUCCAUUACAUGCAAAAGUUUUAAAACUAAUUUAAAUACCAUCCAUUAUUAAGUUUAGGAUUAGCUAAUUUUUAGAAAAACCAAAAAUAGUUUAAAUACAAGAUCUUGGCAGUAUUUGUGGCACAUAUCUGCGAAUCCUUAAAUAGAAGCCUUGUUUGCUUUAAAAGGAUCAAAAAUUUAGUGUUGGAAGUGCUACUUGGUUUAAUAUUGUCUUCAAUCAUACAUAUGAUUCUAAGUUAAAACAAAGAGAUCCUGAAUGGUUUAGCAUAAUCAAACACUUAAUUAGUUUGAAACAAUCCUAAAAACAUGAAAUUCAUAUGAAUGAAAAUUAACCUUUGCCUUUUGAACCUCUUGAUUCUAUAAAGAAUCUCACCGUUAGUGAUCUUUACAAAAAGUUAAGCGAAUACUAGAUACCCAUACUAGUUGUUAAACUCUAGGGUCAAGGAGUCGAUAAUAACAAGUCCCUAAACUUAUUUAUUGGAAACACUGAGACAGAUACCACAGACUUUUUUGUAGGGAGAGGGGCUGAAAACAAUAUUAAGAUCAAUUCCAAUACGAUAUCAAGAAAGUAAUGUCGAAUCAAGUAUUCUCAAAAAUAUCCUGGAUGGAUAAUAAACGACGGAUUAGAAGAUAGAGAAUCUGCUAAUGGUACUUGGAUUAAUUUACAAACUGCAGAAUAGUCAGAAAAGAAAAUUGAAUCUAAUUUAAUUUAAAUCCAACACAAUGAUGAAAUUAAGAUAAGUGAUUUUAUUCUAAAAGUGGAACUCUUUAAGGGAACAAAACAGGGAAAUGGACAUAUAAUUAAUUAAUUUCUUCAUGAUUGA